UUUUCUGAGCUCAUCCAGCUGCCAGAGAUUAUUAUUUUUUGCAUGUUUAUUCAUGUGGAGAGGAUGGGGAAUGCUAUUGCUAUAUGUUUCAUGCUGCCAGUCUCAGAGAAACCCAAAGUGGGGUCUCUCAGAAGCAGUUCUAGAUCUAGAGAGGUAAAGCAAAAGCCUAUCUGCCAUCRCUGGAUUCUAAUUAAGGAAUGGCUUUUAAAAUGUUUUUUCACCACCAGCACUUUGCAGGUGGGUGUAGUUUUCCUGAGAAAUUCACACUGAGCUCUGAUGUGACAUACAACCUUUAUAGAUUUCUAUUUUACUUGGCAUUUGCAGGUUUUCUUCCUCUUCUCGGCACAGGGACUGAGUGACCUUAGCAAUUGCCAGCAAGGGGACUCCAUAUGAUGAAAGCGGGUGAAAGGGAAAAUAAGGGCGGAACUAGGUAAAACCAAUUCAUACCUCAGAGGAGGUGUGGUCCUGUCCUCUGCCUGGCUGUGGUCACGGUCUUGUGAAAUAUAAAAGGAGAAGGCAGUGGUUUCUUAAGAAUCUGGUGCCAGGAUCCUGUAGCGAGAAGGAAGGGAGGUGCUGGAAGAAAUGCAGAGCAAGAAGUCUGGAGUGUCAGCUGGGAAAGGUGUGGGACGCACCGGUGCUCUGAGCCUCAGGAAUAUCAUCAGCUGUUCCCUGAAGGCCUGUUCGCUGGGCUGAGGGUUGCAUGGUGGCUGCACUCCCUUUCCUGGCAGGCUGGCUUAGCGAAGAAAGAAGCCAUCAUGUCCCAAGGAGGAGCAGCAGGACGUGGCGCUGCCAAGCCCCAGGACCAGGGAUGGGCAUGGAUGGUCCUGCUGGCUGCAGUGGUGCUGCAGGGGCUGACDCUGGGCUUCCCCUGCUGCAUCGGUGUCUUCUUCACGGACCUCCAGCAUGAGUUCCAGGCCAGCAACAGCCAGACAUCGUGGUUCCCGUCCAUCAUGGUGGCCGUGCUGCAUGGAGGGGGGCCCCUCUGCAGCAUCCUGGUGAAGCGGUUUGGCUGCAGGUUUGUGGUGAUGCUGGGCGGGCUGCUCAGCGGGUUGGGAAUGGUGUCCAGUUCCUUCUGCAGRUCCAUCAGCCAGCUGUACCUCACAGCCGGGCUCAUCACCGGUCUGGGAUCCUGUUUCAGCUUCCAGGCAGGAGUAACUGUGCUGGGCUACUACUUUGUACGGUGGCGAACACUGGCCAAUGCCAUCGCCUCCACCGGUGUCUCCCUUGGUUUCACACUGUGGCCACUGCUGUCUCAAUACUUGCUGGAUGAGAUGGGCUGGAGAAACACCUUCCUCAUUUUUGGAGGAAUACUACUGAACUGCUGUGUUUGUGGAGCCAUCAUGAGACCCAUUCAGCCRGCAUCAGGGUCACUUCCACAGUCUGCCAAGCCUGGAGAGGAGCCAGGGAGCAGGGCAGAAGAGGCGCAGCUGUCCAAUGGAGCAUCUCCUCACCACCAUGUACUCCAGCASCACACCAGAAGGACCAAAUGCUUCCAGGUGCUGCAGAAAUACCUGGCUUUUGACAUCUUCUGUCAAAACAAAGGUUACCAGAUUUACACUAUUGGAGUGACCUGGAUGAUGAUGGGGUUCGCCUUACCCCAUGUCUACCUUGUGCCUUAUGCCACCCACAAUGGGGUGGAGGAACGCAAGGCAGCUCUCCUCAUUUCCAUCAUCGGGUUCAUCAACAUCUUCAUCCGCCCUUUCACAGGGCUGCUCUCGGGACACAGAGUGUUCACAGGGAGACGCAUCUACCUGUUCAGCCUGGCCGUGCUCCUCUGCGGGCUCAGCAAYUUCAUCUGUGUCAUUUCAGCUGAGUUCAGUGUGCUCAUCCUCUACUGCGUCAUCCUCAGCAUAGCCAUGAGUGGCGUCGGGGCACUCACAUUCCAGGUGCUGAUGGAUGUGGUGGAGAUGGACAGGUUCUCCAGUGCCCUAGGGCUCUUCACCAUCCUGGAGAGCAUCACCCUCCUCAUCGGGCCCCCSCUCACAGGUCUCCUGGUGGACAUAACCGGUGAUUUCCACUACGUCUUCUACAACUCCAGYUUCUUCCUGAUAUCAGCUGCAUUAUUUAUGGGGAUCAGCUUCUGUGCUCUGGAAAAAAAAAMCAAAUUGAGAGAGACUUCCAAAGCACAUUUGGACAAUUCCACCAGAUACCAAUACACUGAAACAUCAACAGAGCCAAAGGCUGAAAGUCAAUCCCCUCCAGCRGUGGAGUACAUCACAAGCAUAUGAAAAUAAAGAAGAGAAGGGGAUAAAAGAGCAACACAAUGAAGUGGUCUGUACAAAGCUACRCAUGGCCCAGCACUGAUGGCAGACRAGAUAAAAACAGUCUGCUUUCCACAACUGUCAUCUUCCUUUUGUACUUCCACUCCAUAGGGCUGUGUCAAACUCCCAAGAGAGCAAUUCAGACCACGGGCCCAGCCCAGAACCCAGUGCCAGCCAAGAAGACAAAGCACAAAGAGAUGAUAGAGCUCCCCUAAAGCAAACCAUGGGACAACAGCCUCAGGACCCAGCUUUGGAGACAAAAGCUAUGUCAGUUCAAUGGUGUUAAGUCACCACCUUUAAGAAAUCACUGGAAUUUCACAAGCAUGUUCCAGUUGAAAGUGCUGGAUGAUGCUUAUUAAUAGGUAGUUCUUCACAAAGUACUGUUGCCUCAUCUGAAUAUGCAGUUUUGGUGCACAGGCUUCCCAUGUUGGAGGUGGCAAACACUUUCCACAGGAAGUGUGUUAUUAUUUUUCACGUCUCUAAAUAUUGUACGAAAGCAGAUGUGUGGGUUGUAGAACUCAGACAAGUCUCUAGUAAGAUCARCUAUUUUCUCCUAUGAAGCAUAUACAGGACUUCUUCAUGCCAAGGGCAAUUUCAAAGCCUCAAAAUUC